GCACCCCUGGCUUGGGGCGCACGUGGGCUUGGGGGUUAUGUUUUCCCAUGGGACAGUGUUGACCCAAAGACCGUGGUGGGGUUUCACCCUGAAAUGUGGCUGGGCCAGAAGGGAAGGUCCCCCCUGGGAUGUGCAGAGGUGAGCGGAGUUGGGGGGGAGGGUUUGCUGCUGCGGGCUAUUUUAAAACCCUGGACCAGCAGCCCAGAGUCUCUUCUGCCAGCCACCCUGGGGAGCUGGACGCGGUGACGUGUCAACAGGCAGGCAUGGUGGCUUUGCCUUCACCAGCCCUGAUGUCUGUCCUGUUGCUUUUUGAAGUCCAUGUAAUGGUAGGGCUGCUCCUUUCGAACCUGGCAGCUGCCACAUUCUCCUGCCUCCCCCUUCCCCUGUGGGCAGGGGGAGGACUGACCCUAGAUUUUGGGGUUUUCCCCCUAUUUCCCCAUGCGGUCUUGUUCCAGAUGCUGCUGGGGGACAGGAGAGCUGUGCUGGUGAGUGGUAUCCCCCAUCCCUGCCCUCGCUCCAGUGCCUGCCCAGUGCCAUGGUGCCCAGCAGUCACCCCGCUCCCCUCCUCCCCAGCCCUGAGGCGGGGUGACAGGUACCACCGGUGCUGCAACAUGGUGGAGCUGGAGGAGCAAGGCAACGGGACUCCCAGCCCUGACUUGCCCUGGCGCUGCCCGGAGCUGAGGCGCUCCGGCAGCCCCGCUUGCACCUGCCUGCGGGAGCGCUGGCUCAGGCUGCUGCAGUUGGAGUGGCCGGCGCUGCGCAGCAGGCUGGCUGGGCUGAAGGUGCUGCUUCUGAACAUCAGCAGGACUGUCACCCACGAUGUCCUCAUCACCUUUUCCCCCAGGGAGGGCCCUAGGUUGCUGAACAUGACAGAGAAGGGGAAGGCAGGCAAAAUCCAGCUCCCCAGGGAGAUAUUCUGGUCCCUGAGCAGCCAGACAGCACGCGUGGUGGUGACAGUCCUCAACGUCCAGCAGCUUGGCAUGUUUGAGGAGAUCAACCAGACGGGGCAGGUCCUGGAUGACACUGUGGUGGGCAUCACAGUGGGAGAGACGAGCAUCUCUGGGCUGCAGGACCCCGUGCAGCUCACCUUCACCCACGGGCAGCUGCUCCAUGGCGUCUCCCCGCAAUGCGUCUUCUGGGAUACCAGCAAAGGGCAGGCAGGAGGCUGGAGCAGCAGCGGAUGUGUCACACAGACCAGGGACAAGGGGACAGUCUGCUCCUGCGACCAUCUCACCUUCUUCACCCUCCUCCUGAACCCGGCUCUGAACAGGUCCACGGCACAAGCCUUGAUGGUUGUUGCCACCACUGGCUGCGGGGUAGCCAUUGCUUUCUCCAUCUUCAUCAUCGCCUUCUGCAUCUUCUUAAGGUGGAGAUUCAGGUCUGAGGAGACCCUCUGCAUCAACCUGGGGCUGCACGUGAAUCUCAUGGGCAGCGUGCUCCUCCUCAACCUGGCCUUCCUGCUCAAUAGUGGGCUCUCCGGUGGGACCCAGCUGGGGACCUGCAAGGUCCUGGGGGGGCUCACCCACUACUGCCUGCUCUGCUGCUUCACCUGGAUGGCACUGGAGGGCUGUCACUUCUACCUCCUCUUUGUCAAGGUCCUCGGCACCUACAUCCACCACUACCUGGCAAAACUGUGCCUCAUCGGCUGGGGCUUCCCUGCUCUUGUGGUGGGGGUGGCAGGAGUCAUCGGCAGCUACGGGGAGUACAGCAUCCAGACCACGGAACACCAGAUCAUAGCCCACCUGUGCUGGAUCACUUCCAAACAUCUCCUGAUCCACUACAUCACCAACUGCGGCUACUUCAGCCUCAUCUUCCUUUUCAACAUGGCUGUCUUUGGGGUGGUGACCCAGAAGAGCUGCUGCCUGCAGGGCACGGGGACGGUGCAGCGAGACCGUAAUGCCUGGAAGGUGGCCCUCAUGGUGAUGGGGCUCUUCUGCCUGCUGGGAGCCACCUGGGCCCUGGCAUUCUUCACCCAUGGCACCUCCUCUGAGCCCAUGCUCUACCUCUUCACCAUCCUCAACUCUCUCCAAGGAUUCUUCAUUUUCAUCUGGCUGGUCGUCCUGUACUACCCAAAGACGAAGGAGAUUGCUGGCUCCCUCUCCCACAUCAUCAGACAUGACAAAACCACCACAGACUCCCAGGACUAGCUGCUGGCUAGACCUCCCUCCCUGCCUGCGUGUGCCCCCGCUGAGAGCAAGUUUCAAUCCCCAUGGAUGCAGCUUCCCCAUGGAGGAUAAGGGCUCAGUUUACUGUGCCUCAGUUUACCCUUCAGUGGGCGUGAUCCACCUUAGCGGGGGCUCUUUGCUUUGGCCCUUUCAUUCCUAGUGACCUGCCAUGGGCAAGGAGCUUCGGAGAUGUCCCUUCUGCCAAAGUCCCUCCUGGCUGCAGCUCCCCCAUGGUCUUGAAGUGCCGCUGAUCUCAUUCCCCAGGGGCUCUUGUGGGGGUGAGGAGGGAGCCCACGAACUGCCUGCCUUCAGCCAGGAUGGAGCCAUCCCCCUCCUCACUAGAGAUGGCCUUUGGUGCUGGACCAUCCCAGUGGUGGGUUUUCCUGCUGGAUUGACUUGCUCCAGCCCAGACUCAGGAAGUUCAGGUCUGGGAAUCAGCAAAAACGGAGAAACCCAUGAGCUUCUUUGCAAUACAUCCUCUCCAAACUGACUGGGGCCAAGCUCUUCAGGCAGGGGUCUGCUGGAAGUCCCUCCUGCAAAACACCCUCUGGGGCCAGCAGCGAUUUCUGCGGGGACACUGUGCUUCAGCUGCAGCAGGGAAAACACUCGUCUUCUCCUUAUCUGUGUUUUAAUAUUAAACUUCUGCCAGCUGUCUGA